GUGAGCCAGUGCUUAUUUAGACAAGAGACCUGCAAUGAUUUCCAGUUGUAGGGGGAAUUCUGGCUCAUUUCACUUCCUCUGGCUCAGCAGACUCAUCUGUUCAGGUCGAAGUUGGGAAUUAAAUGAGGUCAUAUCUACCAAUAAAAAUAAUAAAAGGGUAAUCUGUCCUGUCCAAACAGGUGCAGAGGAGUUGACAGGAGAGUGAGGGAGAUGCCAGUCAAGCAGUCUUUUUACCUGAAGAGGCCAAAUCAGGUAAAAUAAUGAACCUGGCCUUUAAAGUAUUUCGGGUUUCGCCUCAUUUCGGUCUUAGUUUGGCACUGCAGCAAAACCACAGAUUCAGUGCCUUGCUGUCAUUGCAAACUAACUGUACAAUGCUUUAGGUUUGCUUAUGUUAUUUUGAUACUGACAGUGUGUGACAGCAAUUCUAGCAAUAUAUUAUCUCUAAUGGAUGUGUGUUGAUAUUUUCUUUCACUGGAUGUGACACAUCAGAAGAUCUCUGCACUGGAGAAAUACAUUUCCUGUAGCAGUGGUUUAAUUGGCCAGGGAGGUUUUAAUGUCUGAUUUUAUAUAAAAAAAAAAAAUUUUAAAAAAGAGCCAAAGAACUAAUCUAUAAAUCAGAUUAAUGUAGAAUAUACUUGAUUAUUUUAGGGAAAUAAAAGAGACAGAAACCGCUCUGAUGAAUGGUAAGUCACAUCCACACUGGAUACCUCAGACACCGCGUGCAGUUGUGCCUCUGGACCCCACCCAUUCAUUUGGAGCGGUGGAGACGUAUUUUCAAAGAGGAGCAUUAAAAUGCAAAAAGGCUGGAAAGAGGAAUCUCGGAAUAAGAAGUCGGGAGUCAGGAGAGGUUUAUGGAUAUUUGAAGUCGUUUUCCAUUAAGAAUUUCUGACUGCCUAUGAAAAACCGACUUCUUUAUUCAAUGUCAUUCAAAUCACUCAGAAUAGAUCUUGGUCUCUUGAAGCGAGUGAACCGUGGAGGAAGACAGAUGUGAUGUUAUUGCUGCUGAUUGAAUAUAGUUUAAAAGUACCUCAAACUUGGAGCAGUACUAUGCGCAUCAACUUUAUAUUGCAGCCUCCAGAGUUAAAGCAUCAGAGACAACGCUUGUAUUGAUGCUGAUGUAAGACAGACGGUGGUGCCAAAGCCCAGUGAAUAAACGGGAUUAUCACUGUGUCAUUCAAACAAACUGCUCUAUCGUGCAAAAAAAAAAAAAAUGUUUGGAAUCAUUUUUCACCUCAGCAUUCCCAUUAUUUUAGAGAGAAACCCUACAGGAAUUUUCGAGGAAUCGCCCUCUCUAACGUGAAAUAGUCAUCCACAUUUCCGGUUUUCAUGUUAUUCGUGGUUUGUGCGCACUGUCUGCUUGUGCUAUCACAAUAAAUCCACUAAAUAGAUACGAACUAAAAUCUAAUCACAACUCAAUGCAUCAAACAGUCCAGAAGGGAGACAGACUGUGGGGUUCACGCGACGCCACAGGCGCAUCUCUGCCUGAGCGCUGUUGGGCUUUGUGGCUUUCUUCUCUCCACAUGAGGUCUAUAGAAAGCAGUCAAUCAAUAAGAUAUACUCUUUUCUCAUAGUCUGACAGUUUAUUCAGCACCUUUGCUCACCUAACCCCGCGAACAUUUAAGAUAGAUUUUCAUGCGUAUUUACGCAGCGCCAUGAACAAAAAAAACAAUAUGUUAACGUUGCCAUACAGCGGUUGCAGUAAAUGUUAAUGUUUAAUUUUAAACAAAUAACAGAACCAUGAGUGAUUAAUCAUCUAAAACGUGAUUGUUGUUUUAUAGUGCCCUCACUCUGAACCGUGCAUUUACAAAAUGCAGCAAGAAGGCUAAUUGCCUCUUUACGCAGCGUUCUGUUUUUGCAAAGCUGGAGAUCUCACAGGAGUACAAUCAUUUCUCUUAAUGUCAACUAAUGGCAAUAGUACUCAAGUGUAGGAGAGCGAAAGGAGCGGGCCAAUAAAUUAUGUUAAUCAGUCAGGACAGAUUGGAGGCGUGUUUGUUGCUGUAAUGAGGGGGAGCGUGCCUGCACCGUGGAAAAGCUCUGAGUGGUAAUGCUGCCUCCACUACAUGCGCGCUGCCUUCUACCUCCCCAGCCUCUCUUUCUACUUUAUUGUGCAUAAUAGCGUUUUCCUCUGCACUAGACUACUGUGCAAGGUUCUGUGCAACAAGUUUGCAGGAGCCCUGACGCGCCGUCAGACAGGUUCAUUUGCUUUAGCUGGAGCGGAGUGGGGCUCCACUCGUCUAUCUGUCGCUGUCACCACAAAGUCACUGUACGUGAACGCCGCGUCGCAGGCAGGCAGGCACACACACGCACACAUACACAGAGAGGGAGAACAGUGUGCCAUAAAUUCGUGACUCCGCGCCAGAUGCAGUUUGCUCCCAACGGCGCGUGUAGUUCUAGUUAAAUGGAGAUCGCGGAAGCAAGAGGAGCAUCCAAGUGCGUGGAAAAAAUGGAGAAAGUGGCGCCUCAGAAGCGACAAUACUGUCGCACAACAGUGCUGAACAUAAUCUCGUCUUUAUGUUCAGUGGCGUCCAUCGCCUUUUGCAUUCUUCUGAGCAUUAACACAGCUGACAUUAAGAACCGGGUUGUGGAUUUGGAGAGUGGGAAUGGCGAGCACCCGUUCAUCCGUGCCCCUGGCUACUCCCUGGAUGAUUUUAAUUCAUUGAUCCAACAAAGAGUGGAUGAGCUGCUCUCGCAGCGCUCCUAUGAAAAUUUUGUCAAGAUUCGGACUGCCAGACAAACGUCACCUGAAUGCAACUGCCCUCCAGGACCUCCGGGAAAGCGAGGAAGAAGAGGCCGCAAUGGAGAACCUGGACCUCCUGGUCCUCCAGGUCUGAAGGGUGAAAAGGGGGAUCAAGGCGACCAGGGACCACGGGGAUUGCCUGGUCUCCCUACGCUGGCUGCUUUGCACAGCAAUCAGAUCCUGACUGUCAAGAUGGUCUUCCCUAAGAUCAAUCAUGGCUUUCUUUCCGCUGACCAGCAGCUCAUAAAGCGGCGGCUCAUUAAGGGAGAUCAGGGGCAAGCAGGACCACCUGGGCCUCCAGGGCCACCGGGUCCCCCUGGGCCGAGAGGGCCUCCAGGGGACACAGGCAAAGAUGGGCCCAGAGGUGUGCCUGGUCUCCCAGGUGAUCCAGGGCAGCCUGGAGACACAGGACCCAUGGGGCCUGAGGGGCCACAAGGGCUGAAGGGUUCACUCGGGCCUCCUGGCGUCCCAGGUGUUGACGGACUGAAGGGGGAUGUUGGCAUCCCAGGAUUCGACGGUAUCCCCGGAGUCAAGGGUGAAAUGGGAGAGCGAGGUGAAAAGGGUGAUAUGGGUGAAGACGGACCGAAAGGUGAUAUGGGGGAGAAGGGAGAUGCGGGCUCCUCUGCAGCAGGCAUCAAGGGCGAACCUGGAGAGCCUGGACGUAGUGGACAAAAGGGAGAGCCAGGACUUCCAGGGCUGCCUGGACUCCCGGGGAUAAAGGGUGAGCCUGGAUUCCUCGGUCCCCAGGGAGAGCCAGGACUUCCCGGACUCCCAGGAACUAAGGGUGAGAGAGGCGACCACGGGCCACCAGGAAAGGGUGAGCGCGGAGAACUUGGACCCAUUGGACCAAAGGGUUCACAAGGAGAGGCUGGUACACCUGGUCCUAAAGGGUCAAAGGGAGAGACUGGAGAUAAAGGAGAGUUGGGAUCCGCUGGCCCGAAGGGCCCCCCUGGGCAGAAAGGAGACCAAGGAGCCACUGAAAUCAUCGACUACAAUGGAAACAUUCAGGAGGCUCUACAGAAGAUUACCACUAUUACAGUAACGGGUCCUCCUGGGCCUCCUGGGCCAAUAGGACCAAACGGUAUAAAGGGGGAUCGUGGUAUGCCUGGUCUCCCUGGACUCGAUGGAGAAAGAGGCUACAAAGGUUCAAAAGGAGACAUGGGAAUGCCUGGCGCUUCAGGGGAGAAAGGAGCAACUGGUUUACCUGGCCUACCCGGUGUCAAUGGGGUAAAAGGAGAAAAAGGAGAUCUAGGUCUACCUGGUCCUCAGGGUCCUUCAAUUAUCGGCCCUCCAGGGCCUUCAGGGCCCCAUGGACCACCAGGACCCAUGGGACCCCAUGGUUUCCCUGGACCAAAGGGUGAACCUGGAUUGCAUGGUGUGAAGGGUAUGCGAGGGGAACUGGGACACAAAGGGGAUCGUGGACCUCUGGGUCUCCCUGGAGCCUCCGGCUUGGACGGCAAGCCCGGAAUUAGGGGCAUGGAUGGGCCUUCAGGUCCAGCUGGUCCUGCUGGGCCAAAGGGUGACAUAGGUGAGAGAGGAGCACCAGGCGAACCAGGACCAAGGGGACCUUAUGGACUACCUGGAGCUGCCGGAACACCAGGCUUGGAUGGGUUGCCAGGCUUAAGGGGAGAGAAAGGCGACGUUGGGGAAAGAGGAGAAAAGGGGGAGAAGGGAAAGAAGGGCAAAAAAGGGCCUAAGGGCGAGAAAGGAGAACAGGGUGCCCCUGGAUUAGAUGCACCCUGCCCAUUGGGCCCAGAUGGAUUACCAAUGCCUGGAUGCUGGCAGAAGUGAUCACUCUAACCUGAAACGCAUGGAGUUUGUAAAUAAUGCUUCUUUUAUGGUAUUUAUAGUUUUUUUUUAUGGAAAAAUAGUCUAAAAGAAACAAGAAGUCUAUGUGUACGAUGAUACAAAAAGAGAUAACCAUCCCAAGUUUCACGCCCUAAGCUGCUUCUACUCACAUCGCCGUGUGGAAAAAAACCGUGUGUGUCUGCUCUCUCACAUCCACAUCGUGGUGGAGUUCAGAUCCUUGGCUGGCGGCAGAACUUGUCUCUUUAGUCUUUGCAUGGCUCAGACUGGAGCGUCGCAGCCCGGCCAGAUUCGCAGGGGUGAAAGGAGACGUGGGAGGAGGAGGAGGAGGAGGAAGUGAAAGGAAGGGGAUCUGGACUGGCUCUCUAACACCAAACGCUAGGUGUUUUGUGUUUCGUCUCAACAAGCUCACCAACCAUUCAUGCAGCACCAUUUUCUAGAAGACUAAAAAAAAAAAAACCAACAAAAAAAGACUGUGCCAAACAGAACAUUGCACCCCUGACCCCUGCAAAAGCAUGAGUAGUGUACUGAAACUAUAUUUAUAUGUGUUGUACAUACAUGUCACUGUUUUGUGGUUGCAUCAUGGCUUCUGCAGAAAAAAAACAGCAACACUAACAUAAAAAAACAAAAAAAAACAAACCCAGAGCUCUGAAUUAGUAAUUUUUGCUUUCCUUUAAUCUUCCCAAGGGAGUCACGCCAUGGCUGGUAGCCUGAAAAUCCCCAGAAAGUAAAGCUGUUGGUUAUUGUUGCUUUAUUGUGGUGAUGCCUGCAGAGGGUAUGAUAUCAGCAGGUUUUCACCGUUGCACUCGUGGCUCAGCAUCAUCAGUGUGGUGCCCCCAACAGCCGCACACGUCUCCAGACAAGAGGGGAGAACUUGGCAGGCUCACUGCACCGACAGGAAAAACAAAUCGGGCUCGCAAAGGAUUUGAGAAUGGACAGCAGGCCUGCUCGGGACCCCCUCUGAGCACGGGAAUGGAUUCUGCAGGAGAGUCGCUCAUCGAUCUCCAUAGAGAUCAGCUGGAGCAUCUGCCUCUCCUGACAGGCAACGCUUCAGGGUCUACUGAGAGCGUCAACAGAAUGCAAUCAUAUUUUUUUCUUUGUUUUAUUUCUCUUUUUUUUUUGCUCUCAUUCUUAAACAUUGUUUGUAUUUUGUGUAUAAUAGCCUUUGGUGCCUCAAGCUUUUAUUCAUUCCUUUAUCAGAAAUGUACAACUUUAUAUCAUAUUUUUAAUUAUUGGAAUGGUGUUUAUUUCAGAAGGGUUAAGCUGUGUUUGAGAGUAUUGAAAAGACACACAUCGCGCACUGUUUUUCACAUGACUUUUUACAGGAUGUUGAAAUAGCAUUAGGUUAUAGCUUCGCCCGAGCAUACAGUAAGAUUGUGUCCACCUUGACUGUACAGCCUCUGAUCUAACUCGUGGUUUUGAAGAAGCUCAUUGUUCAGCACCGUAACAAAUAUGCUACUUGUUCAUUCUGGACUUGUUGUAUGGGAUGUUGUUUGUACAGUGUUGUCAGUUCACUGCAUGUACACAAUUUAUUACUUAUGGAUUUCUUAGAUAUUGAAAAUAAGCAUUGUUUUAGAGGAGCUGAACAUCCAGCUUUGUUUCAUGCAGGGUUUGGGGGGGGGGGGGGUUCAUUCAGCUCUAACAAAGCAACAGUCAGAUUUAGCUGAACACACAGGCAGAUUUUGUUGAAUAGAACAGUCUCAGUUGCGUUACACUUCUUACGUAUUGUCUUAAACAUAAUGAAAACACGCUAAUACAGUGCCAGAAAAGCUGAAUUUGAUAGACAAUGUUGAGUCAAUUUCCAUUAAUAAACCACAAGCUAACUGGUGGCCAGUUAUUUCACAUUCCAUAUCAGAUGGAGCAAAAAUAAAUGGAGCAGUAGGUCAGAGCUAGGUUUCCACCACGGUUUAGUCAUCUUUUCACAUUACUUAUAUUCAAAUUGCCUUCUGACAUAGUGGGUGCUAUGCAAGGUGAUACUCGCAGUUCUUUUCUUCAACUUUAGGAAUAUGCAUGAAUGAUUUACUGUAAGGGCAGAGGUGAAAAAAAAAAAACCAACAGUUUGUUGUGAUGUAGCAGCAACCACAGGUGGACUCGAGAAGAUUUAUUCCCAUAUGGUUUCUGUUUGAUUGUACAGUUCAUCUCAUCAUUAUAAAGAAUGGAUGCACAUCUGUAUAGAUUAUAAUGGUGCUAACUGAUCGUAGGUCAUCAUCAGCUCAGUUGAUGUGCUCUACCAGUGGCAAGAACUACACAACAGGUUUCUUUAUUGUUGUUGGGGUUUUAUGUAUGUAACAAUUUAAAGUCUUUUUUGUGCAUAUAUUUGUGUAUUUGUUUCAAGUAUUUUAAGUGGUACAUUAUUUAUUUUUCUAUAAUUUCUUAAAUGAAGGCAUUUUGGUUCUAAACAGCAUUCCUUUCAGUUGUUUUGGCUUCUGAUGUCAGUUUCCGCUGCGUCUCUGUUAAUAUGAAGAAUUUUGGAUCAUACUAAGGCAUGUUAUGCAAAUGAUACAGUGUGAAGGAAGUUGGUCAUUUUACAAAUUACAGUGUGUAUUCACUUCAGAUUAUAGGCCUUACGAUGGAAUACAUCUGCUUUUAUUUAAUUUAGUGUGUCAGAAAGCUAACUACGACAGCAAAGUACUGAUGGCCUGAAUGUUGACAGGCCCAGCCAAUGCAACCGUGUUAAAUAUCACAGCUUUUUCUCAUGCUUUCUCUUUUUUUUCUCUCUCUCUCUCUCGCUCUCUCUCUCUCUCUCUCUCUCUCUCUCUCUCUCUCUCUCUCUCUCUCUCUCUCUCUCUCUCUCUCUCCUCUUUGCAUUGAAUGUAGUUUGAUAUAUGUAUAGUGGAUUAUUAAUGUACUGUUAAAAUGUGUGCUCAUUUGACAAGAAGUGCAAUUUAUACUUUGGUUAAUGUGUGUAGCAUCAAAUGCAGCUGAAAUAUCACGUAACUGUGAUCUCUAUAGCUCCAUUUGUUCAGUCAUGCUACCCUGUAUACCACUACCUGGAAAGAAAAUGUUUAUUUACCAGAAGACGAAGAAACAAAUAUAAACGCGGACCUUUCAUUAAAUCUCAAUUUAGAUUGGUUUAUUUUCGCUUCAGAACUGUCCCUUCUCUCGUGUUUUAAAGUGUUAUUUCCAUUACUUAAUAUUUACUAUUUCGUUUUUUGCAAUGUUUUUUAUUUUUAUUUUGUGUUUUGACGUCCAGCCUUUGUUACAGUAUUUGUUCUCACAAGGUGCUGUAUCUUUAGCAUGUGCAGCUAAUUUUUUUAUUGAUUUCUUUUUUUUAUUUGAUUGAUUUUUUUGUUUGUUUGUUUGAUUGUUGUGUUUCCUUGUUAAAGUUUCAGAUUUAGUUUUAUUCUGCUAUUAGCAGAAGUGCCAAAAGAUUUCAAACAUUUAUUUCCAUGUCAGUAUUAGCAGAGCUGGUGAGGAGCUCCAAAAUGACUCACUCAUAUCUGUGUGACAUCUGUGUAUUAGUUAUAGUUACAGGAAUGCCAUGAGUCAAGUUUUCCUCUGAAGAAACAUAGCAUACACAUGUUAAUCACUGUUUACUCAUCAAAACCUUUCAGAAUAAAAGUAUUGGUUUAGGUUCAUUGACUAAGUCACAUCCUCAGUAUUCCUCUGCAUUUUGCUGAAGGACAACACAGUCUCCUAUGAGUACUCGUCUCUGUCACUUCUAUACCCCCCAAUAUACUGCAGCCUUACUAAAAUAAUUAUAUUCCCACAUACUCUCAAAAAUAAAACACUGUCUUGGUACAGAAGCAAAACUGCAAAACAAAAUCAACAUCAUGGCUUUUUUUUAACUGCAAUUUUUGGUUGUGGUAUUUGUUCAGUAUAUGUUCUGCAUUUGUGUUACUCAUUUUUUUACCCACUUGAUUGACAUUUCUUUGAAUACCCUUGUGUGUUCACACAAUACUAUAUUUCAAGGUGACAUUUCAUAUGACUGUACUGUUGGAGCCAAAUAAACACAGUCUUUCAAAUA